AGUUCAAUCCCGCGUCCGGCCAUACUGAUUUAGCUUUUGGCAGUAAAGCAAGGUCACUUGGGCUAUCUCUACUAGGGGGGGAUUGGACUACCUAAGUCACCUCUUCCUAUGAACUGGAGGGGGGAAAGGACUCGAACUGAAGUCUUUAUUUCAUGCAGUACAGCCAUGCAGUGUGUGUGCUCACCACAAGCUCCAGAUUCCAACUGACUUAGUACACAGUACCACCACCAGAGGGCGCUGUCAUCUGUCCCAUGACAUAAUCCAACAUGGCUGCCAUGAUGUCAACUGAUGGCACAAGUACUGUUAGCCAAGAUGACUGCAAACAGUGGGUUCACCACGAGGUCCGGCUCUAGUAUACAGUACCACCACCAGAGAGUGCUGCCGUGACAUGAGCUGAUGAUGUGACUACCGUUAUUCGAGGUGGCUGCAUACAUUGUGUUCACCACAUGGUCUAGUGCCCAGUAGUCACUAGAGGGCACUGUCGCUCAUGACGUCAUCUGAUGAUGCGAGUACAGUUACCCAAGAUGGCCGCAUACACUGUAUUCUCCAUGAGGUCUAAGUGGUCUAGUACAUGCUGCCACCAUCAGAGCACGUGAUCGUUCAUUCUGUGACGUAACCCAAGAUGGUGGGUGAAAUGGUGGGAACUAAUAGGAGCACUUAAUCUGGUCACAUGCUAGACUUCAGCCAAUAGGAUGGUAGUAUCUGGUGAUGUCAUUGUAGGAGACAUAGGUGAGGCGCAGCAGCUCUGGGGCCUCAGUCUUGUUCAGUCAAUCAGCAGCAUCAGACGAAGAAGAAGAAGAAGAAGAAGAAGAAAAACAAUGAGGCAUCAACAGCAGUUGCACCACAGCACAGUCAUGCUGAACAGGAUUAAAUGGAAAGGAUCGAGGGCCAACAUGCCAAGCUCUGUGGCCACAUCCAGGCCUGUAGCCACCUUGGCUGCCAUCUCAUCGAGACCUACAGCAACAGCCUCCAGCAUGUCUGAACCAGUAGGGGCAACGUGGGAUCCGGUAGCGCACAUGGCACAAUUGAUGGAGCAGGACAAGGAGUUCCUGUUGUCUGUCCCAGACAUUGAUUUGUGUGAUGAGGACAACUGAUCUGCACCCGACACAUCGAAUGCUGUCGCUGGUAGUGUUAAACAACAAGAUGGAGGUCAAUACUGGUCACCAACAUAUGGCCCAUCCUGGCAGAACAUUUCUGUGAUAGUGCAACCACGGAGUGCAGAUACUGUGGAUAAGAAGGUGUCGAGUUCACCUACACGUUUGACCUCCACAUGCAAUUUAACUCCCAGUGGGUCGAAACAUGUGAACAUUGCUAUAGAAGAGCAUCAUGUCUGGGGGUUGCAUGUGAGAAUGGAGAUUGAAAAUGUAUCCAAAUGUGUUAAAGUGCCAAUUUCUGAGUUCGACUGGGAUGAAAUAUGUCGUGCAGAGAGCUACAUCAAUCAGCAGAUGACUACAGAGUAUUAUCCAACUCGUUCUCCCCAGACAUUUGCCUUACUGGUGUGACACUUUCUAUUACAACAGGGUAUGAUGACUGUGCAUUAUGUGUGAAAUUGGGUGGCAGCUGUGUUUAUCUAAGACUGUGUUUAUCUAAGACAUGCCUAAGUAAAUAAAUGUUGUGUGACUAGGGCCUCUUGUCGGGUAGACCGUUCGCCGGGUGCAAGUCUCUCGAUUUGACGCCACUUUGAAGGCUUGUGCGUCGAUAGGGAUGAAAUGAUAAUGAUUAGGACGACACAGCACCCAAUCCCUGAGUGAGGAAAAUCUCCGAUCCAGCCAAGAAUCGAACCUGGGCCCUUAGGAUUGGCAUUCUGUCGCACUGACCUCUCAGGUACUGGGGGCAGACGUGCCUCAGUUAUGAAGUUAUACAGUCUGGACAUUGCCAUUCGUCUUGCACAGGACAGACUGAACCAUUGGCUGCCAGCAUAGACUCUGCAUGCAGUGAUGUUGUAAACUCCCUACGUAUGUAUAGUAUACAUGUUGACAAUCUUAAGCAACACCUUUGUUCGCAAAUGAAUGCUAAACCUAAAGAGAAACAGAUUAAAUUGUGUGUGUGUGUGUGUGUGUGUGUGUGUGUGUGUGUGUGUGUGUGUGUGUG